AUGCAGUCCAUCAGAGACAUGAAGUCCAACUUUAUUGCUCCACCCUCCUCCUCUAUUCCCGGUGGUCCCGACGCCUAUCACCAAGGCAACAUCAGGAUGACUCUGGAGGACCCAGAACUCUGGAAGUCUUUCCAUGAAAUUGGAACAGAGAUGAUUAUCACUAAACCGGGCAGGAGAAUGUUUCCACACUGUAAAAUCAACCUUUCUGGGCUGAUGCCUUGUUCCAAGUACAUCUUGCUGGUUGACAUGGUUCCUGUGGAUGGUUUCAGGUAUAAGUGGAAUAAAGAGAAAUGGGAAGUGGCUGGGAAAGCAGAGCCACAGCCCCCUUGCCGGACGUACCUGCAUCCAGACUCUCCAGCCCCUGGGAGCCACUGGAUGAAACAGACCGUGUCCUUCCUCAAGCUCAAGCUUACCAACAACACCCUAGACCAACAUGGCCAUAUCAUUUUGCACUCCAUGCAUCGCUACCACCCGCGCUUCCACAUUGUCCAGGCAGACGACAUGUACAGUGUACGCUGGAGUGUAUUCCAGACCUUUACCUUCCCCGAGACCUCCUUCACCUCCGUCACUGCUUACCAGAACACUAAGAUAACCAAGCUGAAAAUCGACCACAACCCAUUUGCGAAAGGCUUUAGAGACGAAGGAACUAAUACGAAAAGGCGCGCUAACAGAAACCCAGCCUGCCCAGAGAAUAAAGCAAAGAAAAUUGAUUGUCUAAGCAGAGAGUCAGAUGAGGACAGUCCUCCUGACUUCCCCAGGUCAUCAUUUGAAGGAUACGAAGGAGAGCAAGCAGAACUCCCCAAAACCAAAGAGGAGGAAGUGGUGAAAGAGGAACGCUACUCCCCCUGGGGGCCUGAGAGGGAGCAUGGCCACCACGUCCGGACAGAUUCACCCCCUGGACCUGACGCCAGAGAAAUGUACAAUGCAGAGCAGCUAGUACCAGCCCCAGCUUCAUACCAGCCUUACAGGUUCCAUGAAUACGGGAAGUCUCCAUCUCCCUCCUCCAGCGUUGGCAGCAGCAACGGGGGUUCUGGACGCGCCAGCUUUGAGUCCAGAGUCUCUGAUGUAGCCACAGUCCCAGAGCAUGAGGCCUCCAAGCCCUCUACCCAUGAGAUCGGACCAUCUCCCUGUGGCACCCAGCCCUCUGCAGGACAUCACCAGGACUACACAGGGGUGCUCAACAUGGCCCAGGCAGGCAAGCCAGGGGUCCUCAGCCACCACAUUUACACCCCUUACAGCACCGAGCAGACCCUGGGCCAGUGGAGCGGGCCCAGCCCCGUCCAGUACCCUCCCCCUCACCACCUGCCCUCUGACUACAGUACCCCGGCUGUGCACCAUGGAUAUCACCAUGGCAAUGUGGCUGAGUGGAGCCAGUACCCACUAUUCUCUUACUCGUGCUGGUGA